UUUGCCAAUGGUUAAUUACGGAAAGGCUGGACAUAUUAACAAUAGCGUAUCAGAUGCAAAAUGCUAUGAAUACAUCGUUAGAUUCGCCUCUUCUUUAACACAAGGAGGUAAAGUGUCUUUUUCUCAAUGUAGGAUACCACCAGAUGAAGCCAUCGAAAAGCUUGUAACUAAAAUCUUAAUCAUGACCUCUAUAGAAACAAUGCUGAAGAAGUCAUAUGUUAUUCCAAACGGGUUCUAA